AUGGUCGAAACUCAACGGGCGCAGCCUGAUAUCCAGUAUCACCCGGAUUUCGCAAAGUACCAAGCACGCACCCAACGCCGGCAGGAGCAUGAGACCCUCGCAACCACCUUGCCUCAAGGCUUCCCAGCGAAAUUGUCCUCGCCCCUAGUUUGGCACGGAAAGGACAUUGAGCGUCAAGAGGAUUGGGUUUACACACUGAGUGCGGAACAGUUGGAUGAACUUGAUGCGGCCCUCAGGGCUUUUCAAGCUCUUCGUCUCCCUCCGGGACACAUCAAUAACGAAACGUUUCAGCUGCCAACACUACGGCCUGUACUUCGUGGUUUGUCAAGGGACUUGCAUCUCGGACGUGGCUUUUUUGUGCUGCGCGGGCUCCGCGUGGAUCAGUAUUCGCGUGAAGAGAACAUUAUUAUCUACGCGGGCGUAUCGUCACACGUUGGCAACAUUCGUGGCCGCCAGGAAGACAAACGCUUUUCCGACGGGACUUCCCUGGUUCUUUCCCACAUCAAAGAUCUAUCCACAAAGGUCGACAGCGGCAAGAUUGGUGCGCCGUCUAAUACCGCCGAUAAGCAGGUUUUUCAUACCGAUGCUGGGGAUAUAAUCUCUCUACUGUGCUUGAAUCCGGCUGCCGAAGGAGGACAGAGCUAUAUUUCGAGUAGCUGGCACGUGUAUAACAUUCUGGCGCAAACCAGACCAGACUUGAUCCAUACACUGUCCCAAGAUUGGCCCGUUGAUGGAUUUGGCAAUGUCGAAAAGCCUUACACCAAUCGACCCCUGUUGUAUCAUCAACCUGCCACCGCGUCGUCCCCGGAGCGAGUUUUGAUCCAGUAUGCGCGCCGCUAUUUCACGGGUUUUCUCUCGCAGCCUCGAUCUUCCGAUAUCCCACCAAUCACCGAAGCGCAGGCGGAGGCGCUUGAUGCCUUGCAUUUUCUGGCGGAGCAAAAUCGUGCUUCCUUAGACUUCCAGAAGGGUGACAUUCAAUACGUCAACAAUUUGAGCAUCUUUCACGCCCGGAACGGAUUCAAGGAUGAGCCCGGGAACGAGCGACAUUUAAUGAGGCUCUGGCUUCGUGAUCCCGAAUACGCCUGGGAGACGCCGGAGCCACUUCGUGCUCGCUGGGACAAUGUAUACAAGGAUGUCCAUGCUGCUGAGCAGGUUUUCCCUUUCGAGCCAAGGCUUCGACGGACGGUUGGGUCUUGACUUCGUUGUAAAUUAACACGAAUGCUCGCGUGAGAGACUAUGAGUGCGAGACUAUGAGUGCGUAAGGCUUCAACGAACCUACUGCAGUUACGCCAGGUGCAGCAAUGGUCAUCUUCAAGUUAAGCCGUAUAGAAUAUGGUUCAAUCUCUAGUGUAGCUGUAGACUGUCAUCGGAGAUCAAUAUGUAUAUACUUCAUCAGCUACCACAGCAAUCAAGAACCAGGACGAAUUGCCGGAUCGUGGCAUGCUAAUGCCGGCCCAGACCAG